ACUUGAGUCAAACAAACGCUGGUAUGGAAUCAGCUGAUUUUUGCAUCCGGUCCGAUGUUCGACAUUUCUCUUUCCGGUUCAUCCAGAUCAACGUUCCAGUGUUUGGAAGACUGACUGUAAAGAUGGUAGAUGAAGCUGGUGACAGGGAUGAUUCCUCGAAUGUUGCCAUUAUUAGGGAGGUAUAUGAUAACGAAAAUGCACAUGAAACAUUUGAAUAUGAGUUAGAAAGAGCCUUAGAGUCUGAGUGCAGCUUAAUCGUUAUCGAACCAUCUAAAUUAGGUGAUGAAACCUCAAGAUGGAUAGCAGUAGGAAACUGCCUUCAUAAGACUGCAGCAUUGUUGGGCCUUGCAGCUAUAACCACAGGUCUGGUUUGGGGUGAUCGGCCUUUCAUCUGUGGUCCACUAGGUUUUAUAUCUGUAAUAUCUUGUGGACUUUAUACUGUUUCAUGGCAAUUCGAUCCCUGUUGCCAAUACCAAGUUGAAACUGACACAAGUAAGCUACCCCAUGUAGAAUUGUUAGCCGUUUUAGGCCCAUCAUCUCCUACAUUUCUUGUAAGAAAAGAUGACACAAGAAGAAGAAUUCUCCAUACCACUAUUACACUUGUUGCAUUGGGCAUCAGUGCAUGGAGGGUUUACCAGGCAUUUAAGUGAAAUGAUAAAUGCCUGAAAAGAAAUAAACUAAGUUGUAAAAAGCAGUAAGGUAGGCCAUGCGAUGUAUUCUACAUAAUCGUAAUAAGGCCUAGCAUAGAAAUCUGUGAAUUAAAAAAAGUUACAGAUGUUUUCACAUAUAUUAAUGGGGAUUGUUGAGGCACAUAAAAGAUCUGUUUUCAUUUAAUGUUCAUAAUUUUUUUUUUUAAUUUUUUGACUACCUCAGGUGAAUGCUGGAUUAACAAUAGAAUGGAAGAUAUAAAAAGACGUAAAAAUUAACCUAUUCUAUGAACCUAUUCAUUAUAAAAGCUAAUGUUUCUUAAAGCUCCACAUUGUUACUCUAUGAUCUCCAUCUUGUUGAUUCUAUUAUCAGUUAAUUUUAAUACAAAGAAAGACAUGAUUGCUUCGGUGAAACAUCUACUGAUAUAAGUGUUCUUAGAGUUACACAAAAUACAACCAUACACCUGGAAAGUUGAAUUUAGAAUUAUAUAUUUUUAGAUUGUAAAUAAAAUAGAUAGAAUACACUGCAUAUGGUACACCGACAAGAA